CAGUUCUGGCCACACAGUUGCAUAUCUGUAAAUUGAUUUAAUAAAUAAAUACUGACACAUGGAAGGUUUUAUCUGUGCAGAUAACAAGAACUACAAGGGAUGGGAAAACCAGGCAGAGUGAACCAAACCACUGUUUCAGACUUCCUCCAUCUAGGACUCUCUGAGCGGCCAGAGGAGCAGCCUCUUCUGUUUGACAUCUUCCUUGGCAUGUACCUAGUCACCAUGGUGGAAAACCUGCUCAUCAUCCUGGCCAUCAGCUCUGACCCACACCUUCAAACUCCCAUGUACUUCUUUCUGGCCAACCUAUCAUUAACUGAUGCCUGUUUCACUACUGCCUCAAUCCCCAAAAUGCUGGCCAACAUUCAUACCCAGAGUCAGACCAUCUCCUAUUCUGGGUGUCUUGCACAACUAUAUUUCCUCCUUAUGUUUGGUGGCCUUGACAACUGCCUGCUGGCUGUGAUGGCAUAUGAUCGCUAUGUGGCCAUCUGCCAGCCACUCUAUUAUAGCACAGCUAUGAGUCCCCAGCUCUGUGCACUAAUGCUGGGUAUGUGCUGGGUGCUAACCAACUGUCCUGCCCUGAUGCACACACUGCUGCUGACCCGUGUGGGUUUCUGUGCCCAGAAAGCCAUCCCCCACUUCUACUGUGAUCCCAGUGCUCUCCUGAAGCUUGCCUGUACAGAUACCCAUGUAAACGAGCUGAUGAUCAUCACCAUGGGCUUGCUGUUCCUCGCUGUUCCCCUCCUGCUGAUCGUCUUCUCCUAUGUCCGCAUUUCCUGGGCUGUGUUUGGCAUCUCAUCUCCUGGAGGGCAAUGGAAGGCCUUCUCUACCUGUGGUUCUCAUCUCACGGUGGUUCUUCUCUUCUAUGGGUCUCUUAUGGGUGUGUAUUUACUUCCUCCAUCAACUUACUCUACAGAGAGAGAAAGAAGGGCUGCUGUCCUCUACAUGGUGAUUAUUCCCAUGCUAAACCCAUUCAUUUAUAGCUUAAGGAACAGAGACAUGAAGGAGGCUUUGUGGAAACUUUUUGGCAGUGGGAAGACAUUACUUUCAUGAUAAGAUAUCUAGAUGAUGAUGUCUAAUCUUGAUCAACUCCUACUUGUUUUACAUCACUUUGGUAUUUCUACUACUGGCAUAUUGAUAUUAGGGGAAGGUUAUCAGUUGAUUCUGAGUUAGGGAUGCAACAAAAACAAUGUUUCAUUCUUUUAUUAGGCUGUGGAAUGCGAUGCUCUGUCUCAGCCUCUUUCCUAACCCCAGUGAGGCAACCAUUACUAACAGAAAAACCGCUAUUCCCCCUCAAACCUCUAAAACCAGCAUAUCAGCUAUAGCGAACAGGGCAUUUGUUAUGAGGCUCUGGAGCCGAGCGAUUCUACCCAGUGAGGCAGGCAUGAAAUGAGGCGAAGGAAUAAGAACACAAACAUUUACUGAGUAUCCACAAUGUUCCUCAUUAUUCCUCAUAUCAGUUUCUUGAGGUAGAAUAGUGAAAACUGUGAAUUAGGAUGUUAAAUAACUUAAUGAGUCAGCUUGAUUCUAGUAUCUACCCCCUUCUAUUUUACCACUUUAUGAAGAUUAUGACAAGGAAGGUGUUAGAGCAUAACUAAGGUUAAUAUUGAAUGAUAGCAACAGGAGAAAAAGAAUUAAAUUAAUAUAUGUUAUGGUAUUCCCUUCUAUUUCAUUCCUUUAACUUAAAUGCACUCUUCUGUUGUAAUAAAUAGAUGAAAUGUAAUCAAUAUGUGCUGUACACCUACUAGUGCCAGUUUUGUAAUCACCACACUGUCCAUUCUCUGAAUUAUUUCAUAAAAUAUUCUAGAAAAAAAAUGACAAAUCAAGCAUGCUGGAAAUUUUUAGGACAAUAAUUUGAUGCAAAGCAAUCUGGUAGAAAUUGGUAUAAGAAGUCACAAAGCUUAACAAUGGUUAUCUUUUUGCAAUGAAAUUAUAAGUUACUAUUUUUCUUCUUUAUAGCUACAUGUUUUGAAACAUGUAGAUAUUUUCCAAAAAAAGAAAUGAAAUUUGAGGGUUGGCACACAAAAAACAUGUUUCAAUGGUAUCUCACAGAGGAAAAGAAGCACUGAAACAGAUCUCUGAGAUCAAGUUCCUCCUGGAUCAAAUUUCUUAAAAAGGAAGGUAUGCCCUUUUGGUGUUGUACAAUAAAUACUGUUUAAGGAUCUUCCUUUAAGGAAAAUCAUGCCCCUGUGUGCACUGCUCUUUGGUCAUUCUAUCUCCCACUUCUGUCUCUUCUUUUUGGAUAGAAGAGAAAGAAUAAUGAGACAACUAGGGAAACUAGACUAGACCAUUUUAGCUUUGAAUUAGGUGACUUGGCCCUGACCACAGCAAUCUACAGCAAUUUCUAGUACCAAGGCAAAGGUUGGAAAAGGCAAGUUUUGUAUUUGUGAAUAAUAUCUCUCUUUUUUGGGAAUAAAUUUCUGACCUCUAAGAUCCCCACCUUUGCCCUCCAUCCAGUCACCCAGCUACAAUAUGCCAUUUACAGUCUAUUUAUAUAUAAAUAUAUUUACUUCAAGAAAUUGGCUCAUGCAAUUAUAUGAGGAUAGUAAGCUUGAAAUUUGUAGGGCAGGCUGA